AAAUGUCCCACAGGUUUACAGGGGACACAGUUCACCUGUGCAAAUUGCCAGCGUGAGAAUGAAGAUCGCCGCGACUUUCCUGUUGCUGCUGCCGCUGCUGGUGGUUGGGUCUGUCCCCACGGAUCAGAGCAAGACGGGGGCUGAUACAAAAACUGCUGCACUGACAGCUGCACACGACCAGCACUGUGCACAAGACAUCCAUGCUGUGCUGAGAGAGAUGGCCGUCUCGCUUGCUCAGCAGAAGGUGGAGAUGAGGUUCUUGCAAAGACAGAAUAAAGAACAAUCGGCAAAGCUCAAGGAGCUGGAGAGGCAGCAGACUGAGGUCCACAAGCUGAAGCAACAGCUGCAAGCCAAACAGGUGGCUUUCUCAGCCUCCCUGAUAGCUCACGGCCACGGAUUUAUCGGACCCGUUAACAAACACACGACUCUGAUGUUCAAACAUGUGAUCACAAACAUCGGAAAGGCCUACAACCCGCACACAGGUGUCUUCAGUCCACCGGUGAGAGGAGCAUACCACUUCGAGUGGUACAUAGGUGCCCCUGGAAACCUUCCUGUAGGCGCUGUGUUGGUGAAGAACUCCGAGCACAUUUUUCUUGCGUAUGUGCAUGUUAAGUCCUAUUACGCUGCUUCUUCUAAUGGUGCCACGCUGCUUCUAGAGGUUGGAGAUGUUGUGUUUUUGCGUCUGUGGCCUAAUUCGAGGGUGUUUGACAAUCAGUUUCACCAUGUCACCUUCAGUGGUCAUCUUCUUUUCACCAUGUAAGAUGCAAAAGGAUGCACUUUUCUUCACCUCUAUGUUGGUCAUGCAGGGUUUUUUUUUUUUUCUCUUGCACUUGAACAGAUCUUAAUCUGGGUGUGUUGAAUCACUGUAGCACUGCAGAGUGAAUGUCUCGCUGUUCUUUAUGUAUAAAAGCUGAAUGAGCAGUGCAACAAUUUAUGGAAACUAAAAUGUUCAUUUUUCAUCUGUAUCCAAAUACCCAAAAUGAUUUUUUUUCCUCAAAUUUCAAAGUGAUUUAAUUUUCUCGUCAUUUGGAUUGAAGAAUAAACAUAACUGCUACACUA